GUGAUGAAAGUACCUGGUACGAAAAAAUAUGUCAGUUAAAAGUAAUGUUUACCAUGAUUUCAGGUAUUUAAUCUUGUUUUUGUAGUGUAGAGACUGGGUUGUUAUGUUUUUAGAAGAGGAGGCUGGAUAAACAAGACAUGAUUGCAUCACUGUACGGUCAGUCCUGCACUUUAAACAUUUCAACAGACUUUUUCCGUGGCUGGGAAUGGUCAAAGGCAAUGUUGCAAAGUCCGGGUUGGUGAGACGAGGAAGAAAAAAACUCUUGUCUAAAAUGGGAAUACUGCCUGCAUACAGAUGAAGGGGGCUCUGCCAUCAACAUGGUGCUGCUGUAGUGGAGAGGAACGCCACCACCAGUCACUCACCAUGCUUCAGUUACGCGCCAGCUGCAGGCCUGUUUGGCUCAUCUGUUGUCUCCUUGGCCUUUCAGUGGUACACACUCAUGCCCAGAAUGUCCUGACUGUACCUCAGCAAGUGAACCUGUCACCAAACAUGAAAAUGCAGCAAAUAUCCAUAUCCUGGCUGGGAGGCGGGGCCACAAUGUUUGACAUCUUGAUCCUCAGGACAGAACUUAAUCAAACUGUCUUCCAUGACACACUGCCUGUGACUGUAAAUCAGACAACUGGUCGGUACGAGUGGAAUUGGACCUCCGCAGAACCUCUAGAAUGUACCUCUUUGUCCAUCCAAAUCCGCUCAAGAGAGGGGCAGGCGAUGAGCGAAUGGAGUGACACGCAGAUCCUCCAAGGAAACGAUCUGCCCACCUAUGUCAAGUUCCAGCUGUACCCUCAGGACAGAGUUGUGAGUGCAGGGGACAGCACCACCUUCUGUUGCAUUGUGGCGGAGGGGCGGCAUUUUGGUUCCAUACGUUAUGGCAACACAAUCAUGAAUGCCACGCGGCUAAGUAGGCGGAGUUACGGCUUCACAGCGGUCGACCAGGUGCCAUCGAACAGGACAGGGACCAAUGUCAUUUGCCAGGACAGCCUCGACGAGACCAAGCUGUCUGGAACCGUGGUCUUAGUUGGAUAUCCUCCUCUGCUCAGUGAUUUUUUUUGUGAGACUCAUGAUUUGAUGUCAGCCGUGUGCCAGUGGAAGGAACUGCGAGACACCCGAUUGUACGGCAAGCGGCGAACAAUCUUCUCAAUAAACAACAGGAAAUGUGCGGAGGCCACCAAACCAGAAGAGUUCAGGAUGUGUAGUGUGACACAGUGGGAGGGAAACUGGACACUGGAAGCUGUGAAUCCUUUGGGCCUGUAUAGCCUGUCGGACUCUGCAGACAUCUGGCACAGAGUGCGGCCAGUCGCACCUCCAAACCUGAGCGCAGUCGUCAGUGCAUGGAAUGUUACGGUGCUGUGGAAGUGGGAAUAUGAAAGUUAUAGUUCCCUUGCUCUAGUCUGCCAGGUAGAGCUCAAUUCUCAAAACAAUAAAACAAAGCGCACCUUCACAGGCAUUGGUUUGAGCACGGUGCUUCUUCUGGAUCUGUAUCCUGAUGAGGAUUAUAGUGUUAAAGUGCGCUGUGGUGCCCAGCGGAAUUUCUGGAAGUGGGGAAACUGGAGUCAGCCCUUUUCUUUCAAAACAAAUAUUGAUGUUCCAGAUGCUCUAAAUGUGUGGAUGCAUAUCAACGAUGACAACACCGGACAGAUUCUUUGGAUGCCUCUGACAGCAAGAGAAAGCCACGGUCCGAUCACAUCUUACGAGGUCACGUUUUGGAGCCCUGAGGAGAACCUGCAGCACACUGAAACUCUUCCUCCCGACACUUUCACGCUCCCGAUCAACCUCACCCAAAUAGCAGCCUUCAGUAAUGACAACGAGGUUAUGGCAACUGUCAUCGCCAAGAACGCCGCAGGGUCGUCUCCACCGAUAAGCGUCGUUUUUCCUUUACAUGCCGCAGAUAAGAGUAAUAUUGUUGUGUCGAGGGCCGUUUAUCUGGACAGAGGUUUCCCCCUGGUCUGGCAGGAUGAUACCAACUCCAGCUGUGGUUAUGUAGUAGAGUGGCAUGAUGCCCUCUGCCAGCAGGACUGCCCUGUGGAGUGGAUGAAGCCGGCCUUGGGAAAAACAAACGUCUCCAUUGAAUCAGCCAACUUCCAGCCGGGUGUGAAGUACAACAUAACCCUGUUCACAUGCACAUUAGAACUGCUGCAGCGUUGGCAGGGCUACAUGCAAGAGCUGGCUCCAUCAAGGCCUGUCCCCCAGCUACAAAUCAGUCAACAGGAAUCUGAUGUUAUAUUAACAUGGGGAGCCGUCCCGGAGGUCAGCAGGCGAGGUGACCUCCUGGGUUACAAUGUUUACAUGAGUAAUGACUCCCACCUUGUAAAACUAGCCAGUCUGUCGGGACAAGGAAGCAGGGAGUACACAGUUAAGGGUCUCUCGGAGGGCUCCUAUAAAUUCACAAUCAAAGCCUAUACCUCAGCAGGCGAGGACACCGGCACCACCAUCUCCAUCACAGUGGAGCCCCUAGCUGAUUGGCUCAUCCUCGAAAUACUGGCCUCUUUGGGACUUACAGCUUUAUUGCUAGCCCUUGUCACCGUCCUUUGCUAUAAGAAACGGGAAUGGGUAAAGACAGCCUUCUAUCCAGACAUCCCUCAGCCUAAAUUGAGUGAUAACUGGACCAGAACACAGGGACCACUGGAUGUGACACCAUCUCCCCACAAUAUGGUCCAUGUUGUGGAUAAGCCACAGUUUGACUCAAUAAAAGAGGUGCUGGUGGGCAUUCCCGAAGAGGACGAGGAGGAAGAGGAGCAGAUGAUACGAGACGAGCCGGUCGACACAGAUGAGCCCACCUCAUUACGCUACUACAACCCAGUGAUUGAUGAGCGUCCCAUAAGGCCACGCUUCCCGGACUCCUCUGAUUCGUCUGGGUCUUCACUGGACUCAGGACACACUGAUGUGACUUAUACAGGGAUCCAAACUUCAGCGUCAUCUCUGGUCUUCCAGAUGAGUCAACAAGGCACCUCUGAGGGCCACCAGGUCAACAUGGUUGAAAGCGAAGGUGGUUACCGCCCUCAGAGGCAACCUACAGCACCAAGCGACGACGCACUUCUGCCGCAAUCUUCCCAAGAGCCCCUAGCUGCCUGUUCUGGCGGUUACAAACCCCAGAGCUCCUGGCAUUUGGACUCGCCGGAGGAGUCUGGCGAACGGGACUGCCUGGCACCCCACUUAGGGUCACCCACCUCUGUGGCUUCCACCCAGUUCCUCCUCCCCGACAGCGAAUCCGAGGAGCACGGUGAGGAGAGACGUCAGCCCUCAUCAUCUGCAGCAAGCUGGUUCACCAACCUACUGGCUUCUACAAAGCCAUGAUAUCCUCCCAUUAGAAGCUGCCCAGCCAACGGGCAGACUUAACACUUUUACAUUCUUUACCAGUGACAUGCAGCAAACAAGCUUCAUAGGCCAAAACCUAAUUCCCCAUUGGAUGUAGCAGUCUGCACAUUGACCACAGGUAAAUAAUAUGAACGCAUACUUCAUUUCCUCAUAUAGUGGCGCUCAACCGCAGAGAGUACAAGGCAUCUUUUAGGGGUAAGAUAUUGUUAUAAAUUUAUUCCCCACACAAUAAUGAUGCUUAAUCAAAAUAACAUACUAGAAUAUAAUAGAAUAUAGACAACAUAAUGUAUUAUACAGUGUGUGCGUGUGUAUAUAUAUUAUACUAGUAUAUUGUAUUAUGACUUUCUUUAUCUUUCCAGAUGCCAUGUCUGCUGUGCAGGCGGCAAGUGUUAUAAUGGUAUAAUAGUGUAGGUAAUUACUGCCACUUAGUGAUGCUUUUUUUUCUGAUGGUAGAAAAGGGCAUGUCUAUUUGGGGUAAGGUGUGAACUUACCUUGACAAAUAACUUUGCACAGCAUCUAUUCGAGCAGAGGCCACUAUUUGGGGAAAUUUGAUACAUUCAUUGGCUUUCUUUGUCUCUUGGACAUUGAGCACAGGCAUUUCAAUGAUGCAGCUUUUAGUUCAUAUUUAAUUGUGUGUUACUCAUUGUGAUGUGGAUUUAAAUACACUACAAAAUGAAACUGAAAGUAGGACUGUUGCAAAGCAAACAUUUCCAGAUAAGAAACCCUACAAAGGAAGUGUUUUUUUUUUCAUGUUUAAGUGUCUGUUACAUUGUCUUUGAUUGGCUGUCUCAUGAGAUAUUUUUUGUCAGCUUGAUGAGCUAUUGUUGCGAUCCAGCUGAAGGAUGCACUUUGUAAGGAGUUAUUAUUUUACACACAAUCAAGAAGUGAUUGAUUUUAUGCUCUGGAAUUGUCUGGAUGAUGACGACACUGAUGAUAUAAGCUAGAACAUGAAUCCAUGUACUGAACAAAUGCUAUCAUGUUAAUUUUAAAUGUUUACAUUUUUUCUGUCUUUAUUUUUUUAAUCUGUAGUUUUUGUGUAAAUAUUUUACAGGCCAGUCAUUUACACAUGUAUGUAUCAUGUUACCUGCAAUCAUUGAAAAUAACUUUCUGGAGUUUACUGUGGCAUUUAAGUGUACAGUCGUGUAUAACAAUUUUAAUGCUUCCAGUGACCUUGAAUGUUAUGCUUUAUGGGGAAAAGACUGGCUCACAGAGAACAGAAGAACAAUGUAUGGAAGAUAUAGUCUCUAUUCUAUCAAUAAUGUAAUGUUUUCUUGCUUUUUUGCUUUUCCAUAUUGCCCCUCAUAAUACGGCUGAACCAAUACCUUCCCAGUACUUGUGGCAACUCGUGACCUCCGUUUCUCAGUGCCUCCAGCCGACAAGCUUUAAGUACAACUACUGUGACUACAAUAACGUAGAUGGAACUGGAUGACUUUGCUGGUCGACCUCUCAGGCGGUCUUUUUUUUUGACUACUGAGAAAAAAUGUAAUCCCCUUUUCCUUUAAGUGAUGCUGUUCUUGUUUAACAAGAAAUAUUCAUUGAAUCCAAAAGCUACAGUAGAUGGUCAAGUUACUGUCCAAGCCGAUAUGAGAUCACGUGAAAUAGAGCAGGGGUUUUCAAAGUGUGAACACCUCCGUGGAGGUGAAAAACAUCUUUUUCAAACCUGCUAAGCUAAAUUCAAUUAUGGCGAAAAGCGAAAACCGAGGAUAUAGUUUUAAGAAUUUAAAAAACGUGGCUGGACAUUGUUUUCCCCUUUUAAAGCCAUGCAGUGUGUGUUGUGAGCUUUUAUGAUGAUUUGUGUCAACAGCCUCUCUAUGGUUUAUACUAAACUUUGCUGACACAGGAAACUAUAUUGUUUAACCAAUAGUGACUGGUGACGAGCCAGCUUCCCGAGGAAUGUAUACAAAUGUUUGAUUAUAGCAGAUAUUGUGAUCCUGUCUUCCAGUGGUGGUUAAUGUAGCCCGAUAUCACAUCAUACAUCAGGGUACGCUUGCUGCCUUAUCCCCCCACCCCACACACACACACUCGCAGAUUUGUAAAAGCAUGCUGCAAAAUCUUCAUCCUUUUUGACUUCCUGAGGCUUUAAAACUAACACUAACUAA